GGUCAGCACAUGUGUCAUGUUGUUAUUGUUAGUAAACUAAUUAUCCCAACUGUUCCCUGCUUUUUUGUCCAAUUAAAAAUGAGCGAAGACAGAUUUCAGCUUGUCGUUAGGAAGAAGAAGGGAAAGGGUACAGCAAAUAAACGACCUUGCAAACGUCAGCAAGAUCGGUGCAGUGUUGACAGAGACCAUGAUGAUGAUGAUGGUGGCAGUGAUGAGAAUUUGGAUAGCUUGAUAGAACGGAUUCAGAACUGCAGUGUAGAACUGCUCUGCAGCCCAUUUUACAAGAAUUUAUCUGAUAAUUUGAAGAAAACAAUAGAAUCAGUCAAAGAUAUCCACGAUGCAGAUCAUCAAAAAUGUGUGACAAUGGUUUGCUAUGGGAUAGGCAAUUUUGCAUCCUGUUUGAUAGCAAGAUACCAGCUAGGAUUGUUGCUUUGUAUAAGACAGGAAUUUCAGAUUCCCAGUGAAAGAAUACACUUGUAUGACCCUAUGUUUUCCAAAACAGAGAUAAGAACAUUAAAUUCCUUGGGUUGUUCUCUAAUCACAGUUAAUGAGGAAGGGAAAAGACAAGCUGAAGGCUUGACCAUAUUCCUGAUGCUCCACUGUGGUAAGCCAUUGUACAACAAUCUCCUGUGGGCAAACUGGAAAGCCAGGCUACUGCAGAAUGUGAUCAUUGUCGGGAACAGCUUCAAGAAUAUGGAACUGAAUAUACCUCACAGAAUAAUGGAGGAAGAAGCUAGUUACAUAAUUAAAAUUUUACCUUACGUCACAGAAGUUCCAGUGAAAAACAACUUUGUUCAUGAUGACAUUUUCAACAACACUUCCAUUCACUGUUUCCCAGCAUGCAAUUUAGAGGAAAUUCAAAGAAUUUUUUGGGAUUCAAGUCCUGAACCAAUUUAUGAGAAAGAUGCUGAAAUCAUAUUAAAGAAGGAAGCAACUUUAGAAACAAUGUGAUUGAAAAAGGAUUUUCAUACUAUUUAUUUCAUCAAUAGAGAAAUUUGUUACUGUCAAAAAAUAAAAUAUUUCAUUAAAAGUUUGUUGUUUUACUUUACAAUUGAUAAAAAAGGCUACAGGAUAUUAACGUUGAAAAACAGAGCAUUCAUGUACAUUACUAACUGCAUGUUUAUCUUCACUAUUGAAUAUGUGGUAUCAUGGAAGGGGGAGAUACAAAAAUAAAUAUCCUUAUCUUUAAGCUUGAAAAUUAUAUAAC